CUAAUUUAAAUUAUGAACACUAAAUAAGUUGGUGAACCUUCCAGAAUAAAGUCUUCAGCAUUUGAUAUAAGAGAGGUAUCAAAUUAAGCUUAAAAAUAUUUUGCAUAUUAUAAAAAGAAUACUAUGAGUCAAGAUUUAGAUAAUUAUCUUGCUCAAGAUUUGAAUUUUAGUCAUAAUUGCAAACAUUUAAGAAAAUAUAUAAAGGAAGCCAAUGGACAUGGUUAUUAUGCAUUUGAAUAUGUUGGAGAAUACAAAACUUUGAGAGAUCUUUGUAAACCAAAAGAAGAAGUAAUAUUGAGAAUAGCUUCUGACAUAGUAUCUGCUCUAAUGGUUUUACAUUCAAAUUAAAUUAUUGGUAGAUGCUUUGAUAUAGAUAAUAUUAUUCUGGUUAAUGGUUAGACACCAAUUUUAAUGGAAUUUGGAUAUUAUCCAAAAAUGGAUUAUUAAAUACCUGAAGUAGUAUGUGAUAUCAAAAUGAAUGAAAAAAUAGAUGUAUUUUUAUUGGGAAGAGUUCUUUAUUAUUUGACAGUUGGAAAAGAACUUCCUGUUUACACACUUAAAAACUUUGCAAAUUUAGAAGAAACAAUCAAUUUAGCUAUUGCAGAAACCAACUACUCUCAACAUUUAAAGUUAUUUAUGUAGGGAUUAUUAUAAAAAAAUAAAUAAUAAAGAAUUGACUUCAUUAAAUUAGCUUAAAAAUUUGAUAAUUUAUAGAACUCAAAAUUAUUGAAUUUUUAUUCAAAUGAUUUCAAUAAAUUUAGCAUUCAAAUUAAUGAUCAGUUGUAAUUAAGAUAAGAAUUUGAAGUUAAACUUUUAGAAAGUGGACCUUUUAUAAUUGAAAAUAAUAUAGCGAUUGCUAAAAAAGGGCCUUAACUUGUUUUUAAUAAUAAACUUAUGGUUUCUGAAGUUGAUUUAAAUCCCCCUUAAUCACCUGAUCUAAGUUUUGAAGAUGAUCUAUUUCCUCCUAUUAUUGAUUCAGAAAAAGAUAAAAUAGAUAAUAACUUUAUGAUGUAAUCUGAAAAAAUUAAUAAAGAUCUUUUAAAUAUACUUCCUAUAUUCUUUGAUACAAUUGAAUGUAAUUAAGAUAUAUGGAAUAGAAUAUUCUUUUCCUUAUAUCGUUUUGGUUUAUUGAAAAAAUUGAGUGAAUUUAUUUUAAAUUUUAGAAAAUUAAGUGAUGAUCUAUGUUUAUGGAAAGUAUGCUUUGCACUUAGUAAAAUAUCUAUUGUUUUAAAAUAAGAAUUAGUAAAUGACUUAAAUUAAGAUAAAAAUAUAUUUUUUAUUGAUGAAUACUAAUGGAAGGAAUUUAUUGUUCAAGAUAAAGAUUAUAAAAGAAUGAAAUUAAAAUUAUAAUAGGAUUUAAUUUAAGAAAAAUAAGUAUUCUAAGGUCUUACUUACAAAUAAAUAUAAAAAGGCUAUCAAAUAUUCAAUCAACAAUUACCAUAAAAUGACCCUUUCAUAAAUAAUGUAAUUUUACUUUUAUAAAAUAUAGAAUUUAUAAUAUGAAAUCUUUGAAUAGUAUAAAAUUCCUUAUAGAGAGAUUUUAAGUGAAAAUUUAAUGUUUUUUAAAGAUUGCUAAGGAAGAGAUACAGCUUUAAUUAGAUUGCUUCUCUUAAUGUGUAUUAAAAUAAAUAAUAUUUGUGAUUUCGACUAAAUUUCAACUAAUUAUCAAUAUGUGAAUAAAAUUUUAUAUUAAGAAAUUAAUUCCAUUUAGUAAUUGGAAUUUUUUUUUUUAAAUUAUGCAGAAUAUGAGUUCAAUGAAUUUUUUAGAAAUUUAAAAGAUAUGUACUUUCCUUAAGAUGAAUAAUGA